AUGGCAGACCCCAAAUCACAUCUCCACCUCGCGCGCCCUCUCGCCCCCGCCGCCAUCUCCACCUCCGCGCCCGCGACCGCACCCUUAUCCUGCACCAUCCUCCCCCAGGCCCUCUUCAGCAUCCUCGACCACGCCUCCCGCCGCCCCGCCGACCAGGAGCGCGUGAUCGGGACUCUCCUCGGAACCCGCAGCGAAGAUGGCACAGAAGUCGAAGUCCGGAAUUGCUACGCCGUCCCGCACACCGAGACCGCCGAGCAAGUGGAGGUGGAUAUGGACUAUCAAAAAGCCAUGCUCGGCCUGCACCUGCGCGCCAACCCGAAGGAGGUGCUCGUGGGCUGGUAUGCGACGAGUAGCGAGCUCAACACUUUCUCGGCGUUGAUUCAGAAUUUCUACUCGCAGCAGGGGGAGGGCACGUUCCCCCAUCCGGCGGUGCAUUUGACGGUGAACACGGUUGCUGGGCAGGAUAUUGAUGCGAACACGUACAUCAGUGCGCCUAUUGGCGUUACUGCGGAAAGGGCGGCGGAUAGCUGUUUGUUCAUUCCCGUGCCACAUGAGAUUAAAUAUGGAGAGGCGGAGAAGAGUGGGCUGGAGGUCAUUGCAGGUGCACGGGAGCGGGAGGACAGGAGCCUGUUGAUGCAGACGGAUGUGGAGACGCUCGAGCAUGCGAUCGAGCAGGUGUUGGAGAUGUUGGAGAGGGUGUCGAACUAUGUCUCGAAUGUGCUGGAUGAGGAGGCGGAGCCUUCGUCUGCGCUUGGCCAGUUCCUGAUGAACACCCUGAGUCUGGCGCCGAAAGUGGAUGCUGAAGAUAUCGAACGGGACUUCAACAACCACAUCCAAGACGUCCUCCUCGUCUCUUACCUUGCCAACACCAUCCGCACGCAGAUUGAUCUCUCCAACCGUCUGGCCACCGCAGCACUAACAAUGGGCACCGGCAAUGAAGGCGCUUCGACGGACGGACAGCAGAAGCAGGAUGGGCAGCAGAGGAGAGGUGGGGAUCGGAGUGACAGAGGUGGGCGAGGCGGACGUAGUGACCGAGGAGGGAGGGGGCCGGGGGCCACCUUCGCGGACAUGAGCUAG